UGAAAUUAUUUACUUUGUGCUGUUCUCAUGCAAGUUUCAUGGUCACCAAACAGCAAGAGCGUGUUUAAGAGGAAUGGACAGGAGAGAAUCAUAGGAAACUAUGAAACGCAUGACUUUGGGGAAACAUGUUAGAGGAUGUGCAAGCAAACAACAUUUGUGUUGUCAAUCUGGCUGUUUGGUGUUUGUUUUAAGGAUAUUAAAUAUUCUGAACCGUCCAUUUAUUAUUUUUACUUUACAUUUUUUGUUUUUCUGCCAACCGUUUCUAUUGAAACUAGAGUGAGAUAACUCUGCGUUUCUUGUGGUAAAUGGAGUUGCAAAUGAUCCAAGAACAAAGAAUGUGAUGCUGAGGACCAAUUUUGACCUCUGGGUUGUUUCGAACAUCAAAUAUUGGUGAUUCAAAUUUGAUUCUUAUCAUUCUGAUCGUCACUUUUUUGUUGAUUGCAUCCUUUGUGCACUGUUUCUGUUUUAUCAAUUUGCAUAAAUUGUUCUAUGGCCUUGUUCCUGGAUUAUUUCUUUUCAGAAUGACGAGGAAUACAAUUUCAUUCUUGUGGUGAGAUUUAGAGGGAAAACAACAACACAGAAAGUGUAACUUUCAAUAUCUGCAUUUGGGCCAUGGGCAUGGAUUCUCUAAAACAUUCUACUGAUCAUUCUGUCUGGGAACUUGAUUCAUGCAAAAACAGAAAUUAUUGCCCUGAAAACUGAAUGUGAUAGCCAAUCCUUUGGCCCCUUGACUGGGAUAAUUACAGUGACAUAGUGAUAAGAUUGGCAAGAUGAGAAAUUCAAGAGGUCGCAGCAUGAAACAUACACAUUUGUUUCAUCGUGAAGAUCAAAGAAGUCAAGAAGAAAAGAACAUUGUGUGGGAGAGACUGGAGGGUGAUACUGAUAAAAGUUUUAGGACAAGGGAGAUUCCAGUGAAGAGGUUGUUGAAUGUAGGGCAUUUUACAAGUGCUUCAGGGGAGUUGUCAAAGUUUAGCAAAGGAAAGAACUUUUCAGCAGGAAUGAAUGUCAUGGACUAUGAUGUACCUGAACUGGUUGUUUUUAUUCAAGAGGAUAAUGAACAGUUUGUGAAGGACACUUGCAUUAAUAGGGGAGUGCCACCAGAAGGCAAGUGCCUCUCAGAAGAUCAUGGUAUGAUGUCAUGUCACUUUGACUCUGACAUGAAUAGAAGAAGAGAUCCAAAUCUAAGGACUAUGGAAGCAUUUUCAGACAAUUUAAAAAGACUAGAAUAUGCCUCUAAACCUCUUUCCCUUAAGGAAGCAAUGGAAUUUUAUGACUCCAGAGCUUUAGUGAUUGAUGUUGAAGGGGAUUCAGGAUACAAUAUUUCAACUGAUCACCCCAAAAAGAAGACAACACCAGAGACCCUUAGAGAGGCAAUAGCAACGGAAGCAGAGUUUUCAAGAUCUCUCAAGAAUUGGCAAAUAAAUUCAUUUUUGGGUACAGUUGGCAGAAGGGUGGAGUUUCCAUGUUGUGCAGAUUGUGUGCAAGUUACUGACACAAUCAUGUGUAGGUCUGAGAUGUGUAACUCACAAAGUCCAACAGGUUCAGGAAAAAGACAAGACAAUGAUCCUCAAGAGACUUGUUUCUCUGCUGAGGGCCCUCUAUCUGGCAGUCCAACAUCACAUGCUGCUCCUGCAACGACAUCUAGCAAUGCCUCUCAUCACUCUAAUGACAGCAUAAGCAGCACACAUUCAUUUGCCUUUCCCAUAUUACCUGAAGAAUGGAAUGGAAGCCCGGUGAGAAUGUUGGAAGCUGAAAAAAGUCAAUUAAGGAAGGACCUAUGGCAGAAGAUAGUGGUAUUAUUCUCUUGCUGCAAAAGUUGAUUGCUAAAAUUUUGCAGUUCGGCAGACACUAGCAGAGCGAGGUUUAUGCAUAAAAGUUACUAUACCUUGUCUAAGUUCAUUGUGUUAUAGGAUCCAUAAUUGUGAUGUUUAUAUUUAUAUUUGUUGUUCUACACCUCCCUCUUUUAUAUUUGUAUAUUACAAACAAUUGUGAAAAUUUCUCUCCAUGAUGUGAUUUUACUCAGCAG